CUUUGAGUUGAUGUGUGCAAAGAAGAGAGAAGAGAAACUUCCUUGACUGUAGAGCUAACUAUAGAGAGUAUUCUGUUGCAAGGGCGCUUGUUCAAAUGCUGUGCAUGCAGUAGUUUAGGAUAACCGGUUUUAUCACAGGACCAUGAGUCGUGGAUCUAAAACUAAAACAGAGAGCACUCAAAGCUUUCUGCUGAGCCCACAGGAGAAUGAGAAGCUGGAGGAGCUGCUGGGCAGAAGGUGUGCUUCCAUGGCCACCGCAGUCGCACAGCUGUUCAUGGCUCUACCAAACAGUUCAUCCAUGUGGAGCUUGCAGCACACUGGGGUGGCCUGUUUCGUCAAAGACAACCCUCAGCGCUCCUAUUUCAUACGGAUGUUUGAUUUAAAGGUUGGGAGUAUGGUUUGGGAGCAGGAGCUCUACAACCAAAUUGUGUACUCAUCCCCAAAGCCAUUCUUUCAUACCUUUCCUGCUGAUGACUGCCAGGUCGGACUGAACUUCUGUGAUCAGCAGGAAGCAGACAGUUUCCAAACUGCUGUUCAGGAAAAAAUCAACCAAAGAAACACCCGUCAAGACAAGAAACAGCGCCCCCCGCACACUAGUGACAGAGGUUCCCUGCCUCCACUCCCACCUGAAAAAGGACCUAGUGGCCCUCCGUCUUUUCACAUGGCCACAGUGGACAUUCAGAACCCAGAUAUCCAGUCUUCACGUUAUCGCUCGGUGCCUACACCUGCUGCUGCCUCUGCUGCGACAGGCAAAGGAAAGAAGGACAAGAAGAAGAAGAAAAAGGGCCUCAAGCUCUCCAAAGCAGACAUAGGAGCACCUAGUGGAUUUCAGCAUGUAAGUCAUGUCGGGUGGGACCCUAACAACCUGGACCCUGACCUGAUGCGGCUGCUGUCUCAAGCUGGCAUUAGUGAAGCUGAAAUGAGGGAUGAGAAAACCUCCCAGCUCAUCUAUAAUGUCAUUGAACAGUCAGGAGGGAUGGAGGCAGUCAAAAGGGAGAUGAACAGAUCAGGACCUCCACCUCCUCCACCUGGCAGACAGGGACCCCUCCCUCCGCUACCAGGCUCUAGCCCCUCUGCUCCAACCCCUCCACCCCAGCGAGGCCGUUCUGGCCCCCUGCCUCCCAUUCCAGGUCAUUCACAGCGAGCAGGCCCGCCUCCCCAGCCACCUCCUUCUCGUGGAUCUUUACCACCCCCUCCUCCAUCAAGCCGAAGCGGCCCUCCGCCACCCCCGCCAUCACAUGCUCCACCUCCUCCAUCUUCAAGGUCCCCUCAUGCCCCACCUCCCAUGUCUUCCCACAGCGCUCCUCCUCCCCCACCACCAAGCCAGCGCUCCGCAGGUUUUCCACCUCCCCCUGUCCCGUCUACACCCAGCAGAGGGGUUGGUGGUGGAGGAGGAGGAGGAGGAGGAGGAGGCCCACCUCCACCUCCUCCACCACCACCACCGCCACCUCCCCCAACUUCUGUUUCUUCAGAUUUCCCCCCUCCUCCUCCUUCCAUGUCUGGUGGUGCACCACGACCUACUUCCGCUUCCGUUGGUGGAGGAGACAGCAGAGGAGCUUUGCUGGAUCAGAUCAUAAGUGGGAAAAAACUGAGAAAAGUAACAGACGACCCUAAUCCAGCUCCACCUGCAUCAGCAGAGUCAGGUGAAGGCAUUGUCGGUGCUCUCAUGAUGGUCAUGCAGAAGAGAAGCAAAGUCAUCCAUUCCUCUGAUGAAAGUGAAGAUGACGGUGGGGAUGACGAUGAUGAUGACGAUGAAUGGGAUGACUGAUCUAGCUGUUCUUGUUUUUUGUGAAUUUUCCACUUGCUUGAGUUCUGAUGUUUGUUUUAACCCCAUGAACUGUUACACUGUUACACUGUUACAUGCGAUGAUCUGUUACAGGUUUGUUAACUGCAAACUGGAGUAUAGCUUGGAUAUGUGAUAAAGUACUGUUUGUAGGGGAUUCGUAAAAAAUGAAAUAAAAUGAAACAAAUAUUUCAAUAUGAAA